GAGCGCCCUGACCGGGAUGGCGGCCGUUUUGGAGUCGCUGCUGCGAGAGGAGCUGUCGGUCGCAGCCGCUGUGCGGUGGAUCGCGCGCAGCGCCCAGAGUUCGGAGGAUGACCCCAGGGAGGCGGCCGCGCUGAGCUCACUUCGGCCACUGCGGAAGGAAUUCGUGCCAUUCCUGCUGAACUUCCUGAGGGAACAGAGCAGCCGCGUCCUCCCGCAGGGCCCCCCAACCCCCGCCAAGGCCCCGGGCUCCUCGACAGGCUUGCCAGGGAGAUCCGGGGGCCCGCCGCGGGGCGGCCGCGGAGCGCGCAACCAGCUCUUCCCUCCGAUCGAGGCUUCGAGCGCCACCGCUGCUGACGCCCCUUCGGCCCGCCGUGGGGGCAGGAGGCGGGGCCCGGGGCCGGCCCGCGAGCGAGGCCGCGGCCCCGGGGGCCUGGAGGAGGGGGUCAGCGGGGAGUGCCUGCCCUGGGCCGGGGGCCGGAGGCCCAGGAGCUCUGGCAGCCCCAGCAGCCCCAGCCUCGCGCGCUCUGAUCCGCCAAACCUCAGCAACCUGGAGGAGUUCCCUCCCGUGGGCUCCGUUCCCCCCGGCUCUGCAGGGACCAAGCCUUCCCGCAGGAUCAACCCAACUCCAGUGAGCGAAGAGCGAUCACUUUCCAAGCCCAAGACUUGCUUCACCUCACCCCCAAUCAGCUGUGUUCCCAGUUCCCAAUCCUCAGUCCUAGACACGAGCCCUUGGGGCCAUGGGCUUCCCUCAGGGUGCAGAAGUCUGCAAGAGGAGCGGGAGAUGCUCAGGAAGGAGCGCUCUAAGCAGCUGCAGCAGUCACCUACUCCUGCCUGUCCCACCCUAGAACCAGGAUCUCCUCACCCCAGCCGGACAGGACACCUCACAGCUCAACCCGCUGACCCUGCCAGAGUAUCUUCCCGCCACCGUCUGGAGCUGGUUGCCCUUGUCUACUCUUCAUGCAUUGCAGAGAACCUGGUACCAAACCUCUUCUUGGAGCUUUUCUUCGUCCUUCAGCUCCUUACUGCCCGGAGGAUGGUGGCUGCCAAAGACAGUGACCUUGAACCAACUCCGGGAGCUGUAGAUUCCCUGGAAAGCCCUCUGUUCCAGAGUGUCCAUGAUUGUGUCUUCUUUGCAGUGCAGGUUUUGGAACAUCAAUUUCACGUUCUCUCCCACCUGGACAAAGGGACAUUGAAGCUGUUGGCUGAGAAUGAGCGAUUACUGUGUUUCUCACCGGCUCUGCAAGGUCGCCUCCGAGCUGCCUAUGAGGGCAGUGUCGCCAAGGUCUCUCUGGCGAUGCCACCUUCUGCUCAAGCUGUCUCCUUUCAGCCAGAAACUGACAAUCGUGCUAACUUCUCCAGUGACCGAGCCUUUCAUACUUUCAAAAAACAGAGGGAUGUGUUUUACGAGGUACUUCGAGAGUGGGAAGAUCGCCAUGAGGAGCCUGGCUGGGAUUUUGAAAAGGGCUUGGGCAGCAGGAUCAGAGCCAUGAUGGGUCAACUCUCUGCAGCCUGCAGCCACAGCCAUUUUGUUCGACUUUUCCAGAAACAACUUCUCCAGAUGUGUCAGAGUCCUGGUGGUGCUGGGGGCACUGUCUUGGGUGAGGCUCCGGAUGUGUUAAAUAUGCUUGGAGCUGACAAGCUGGGGCGGUUGCGGCGCCUACAGGAACGGCUUGUGGCCCCUCAGAGCAGUGGGGGCCCCUGCCCACCCCCUACCUUCCCAGGCUGUCAGGGCUUCUUCAGGGACUUCAUCUUGUGUGCCAGCAGCUUCCAGUUUAAUCAGCAUCUCAUGGAUAGUCUGAGUUUGAAGAUCCGAGAACUCAACAGCCUCGCCCUUCCUCAGCCUGAGCCUAGUGACGAGGAUGGGGAGUCAGACGUGGACUGGCAGGGUGAACGGAGGCAGUUUGCUGUGGUGCUGCUCAGCCUAAGGCUUCUGGCCAAAUUCUUGGGCUUUGUCGCUUUCCUGCCAUACCGUGGGCCUGAACCACCCCCGACCCGUGAGCUCCAGGACUCCAUUCUGUCCCUGAGGAGCCAGGUGCCCCCAGUCCUGGACGUGCGAGCUCUGCUGCAGCAGGGGCUGCGGGCACGCCGAGCAGUGCUCACAGUGCCCUGGCUGGUGGAGUUCCUUUCUCUUGCUGACCACAUUGUGCCCAUGCUGGACUAUUACCGCAGCAUCUUCACUCUCCUGCUGCACCUGCAUCGGAGCUUGGUCUUAUCAAAGGAAAGUGAAGGGGAGAUGUGUUUCCUGAACAAGCUGUUGCUGCUUGCUGUCCUAGGCUGGCUUUUCCAGAUUCCCACAGUCCCUGAGGACCUAUUCUUUCUGGAAGAGGGUCAGUUGGAUGUCUUUGAGGUGGACACAGUAGCCUCAGAGCAUGGCUUGGACAGCAUGCCUGUGGUGGACCAGCAGCUGCUCUACACUUGCUGCCCUUAUAUUGGAGAGCUCCGCAAACUGCUCGCUUCAUGGGUGUCAGGCAGCAGUGGAAGGAGUGGGGGCCUUGUCAGGAAAAUCACCCCCACCACCACCACGGGCCUGGGAGCCCAGCCUCCCCAGACCACACAGGGGCUGCAGGCACAGCUGGCCCAAGCCUUUUUCCACAACCAGCCGCCCUCCCUGCGCAGGACCGUGGAGUUCGUGGCAGAGAGAAUUGGCUCUAACUGUGUCAAGCAUAUCAAGGCCACGCUGGUGGCAGAGCUGGUGCGCCAGGCAGAGUCGCUUCUUCAAGAGCAGCUGGUGACCCAGGGACAGGAAGGAGGCGAUCCAGCCCAGCUGUUGGAGAUCUUGUGUUCCCAGCUGUGCCCUCACGGGGCCCAGGCGCUGACCCAGGGGCGGGAGUUCUGCCAAAAGAAGAGCCCAGGUGCCGUGAGGGCACUGCUUCCUGAGGAGACUCCGGCAGCCGUUCUAAGCAGUGCAGAGAACAUUGCUGUGAGCCUUGCAACAGAGAAAGCCUGUGCAUGGUUGUCAGCCAACAUCACAGCACUGAUCAGAAGGGAGGUGAAAGCGGCCGUGAGUCGCACGCUUCGCGCCCAGGGUCCUGAGCCAGCUGCCCGGGGGGAGCGGAGGGGCUGCUCCCGUGCCUGUGAGCACCAUGCUCCCCUCCCCUCCCACCUCAUCUCCGAGAUAAAAGACGUGCUCUCCUUGGCUGUGGGGCCCCGGGACCCUGAGGAGGGAGUUGCCCCCGAGUAUCUGGAGCAGCUCCUAGGCCAGCUGGGCCAGAUGCUGCGGUGCCGCCAGUUCCUGUGCCCACCGGCUGAGCAGCAUCUGGCAAAGUGCUCUGUGGAGUUAGCGUCCCUCCUUGUUGCAGAUCAAAUUCCCAUCCUGGGGCCUCCGGCACAGCACCAGCUGGAGAGGGGGCAGGCUCGAAGGCUCCUGCUCAUGCUGCUGUCCCUGUGGAAGGAUGACUUUCAGGUGCCAGUUCCACUGCAGCUGCUGCUGAGGCCAAGAAACGUGGCGCUUCUGGCAGACACUCGGCCGAGGGAGUGGGACCUGCUGCUCUUCUUGCUCCGGGAGCUGGUAGAGAAAGGUCUAAUGAGACGGAUGGAGAUAGAGGCUUGCCUGGGCAGCCUCCAUGAGACCCAGUGGCCAGGGGAUUUCUCUGAAGAAUUAGCAACACUGUUCAACCUGUUUUUAGCUGAGCCCCAUGUGCCAGAACACCAGCUAAGAGCUUGUGAACUGGUACAGCCAAACAGGGGAACUGUGCUGGCCCAGAGCUAGGGCUGGAAAGUGUCCCUACUUUAGGCAUCUCACCAGAGCGCUGGAACCCAGCCUGACUGUGCCUCAGGAGGAGGCCCCAGAGCCAUCCCAAGUGCCCACUGUGACCCGUGCUGCUGUGGAAGUAGCUCAGUCUGUCGUCAGGUUUCCUGCUCACAUAUGAAGCAAGAGUGUGGCUGCCUGGCAUCCCACGGACGGCUCACCAUCCCAAGUCCAAGAGGAAGAAGGAGGGGUCACUGGAUUCAGGAUUAUGGUGGAAAAACCUAGAGACUCCAGUCCCGGAGAAGAAGAGUUGGCUUUAUUACUUGGAUACUAAGUGAAAUGACCCAUGGGGACUUGUUGACACAAGAUUCGAGCCCCACUUGCUGCUACCCCAGUAUCUCUUAAAGCUUUGUGGUUUGGAAAAUCAUGACAAAGGCAACUGACUUCUACUUAACUUGUGAGUAAAGUUAAACAUGAAUCUUGGGAGUCUACAUUUUCUUACCACCAGGAGCUGGACUGCCAUCUCCUUAAAAAUGUACAACAGAUGUGGGGCUCGCCCGACAGAAACCUGCCUUUCCCCUUGCACCCUGCCUGCCUUCAGUCCCGUGCAGGUAGUAACUUUUGACUCUAGCUCCAUCCAGGGGCCAAGCACGGGCAGAACACUAGAGCUUUUUAAAAUAAACUGUUUUCUUUACUAAGGGCUUCUUGUCUAGUUAUUUUCACCUUAUUCGUCCCUGUAGAAGGCUGCGAAGUCUCAGGUGGGCUUGGAGGUGGGUAUUGACGGGGUAGAGCUGUCCUAGUAGCUUGGCCACUCAGCAGACACUAAAUGUUCCCGUAUGUGAGACCUGCAAGCCAGAGAGCCUGGGGCCCUUAUUAAUUCACUGCCAACAGUAUUGACUUCUGUGCAGCUCCCUUUAAAGGUUUAAGAUGUGUGAAAUUUCUACUCACCAGCCCUUAGGAUGCUUGUUUUUGUGGGGCGGCGGGAGUUGGGGAUGUUUGAGUUGACUCAGAAUGGAAGCAUUCUAAAUGUCUAUACAGGGUGCACUGAUUCUAAGAAAGCACUACUUUGAUAACGUGCAUUAAAUUCAUUCCUGUAAAAUUCAUGGUUUUUCUACUUUGGCAGUGUGUGCAGAGAGAUUCAGUCUCUGCCAGGGAAAGAAGGGUACUCAGUGAACCCUCUUGAAGUGACACAAAAUCUGUGCAUGUGUGUGUAUUUCUUAGGAAAAGUUCUCAGCUGUCAAAGAGGUCACCAACCCAAGGAAGCUACCUAGGUAUGGCUCAACGAAAGCACUGCUCCAGGAAGCUGAGUCCCAAGGUAAGCAGCUACUUCAGACACUCAGCUCCAUAUGAGGUGAGAUAGACACGCAAGCAGGGAGGAAAAGCCUGGAGCACUGGAAGAUGCUGAGUUAAAGGCUACUCAGCUAAACAGCAACAGGCCCAAUUCAGGAAACAACGCUGGUCUGUGUAAACCUUAAAGGCUUACUUUAGGUAGGCAAUAAGAAAGGAAUUAGACAGGCAGCUAAUGAACUAGUGAACUCAUUGGUAUUUAGAUUCUUUUCCAUAUGCCUGCUUUCUACUAGUUAUCUAAAACAGUGGUUUUCAAAGCGUGGUCUCCAGACCAGCAGCCUCACAAUCACCUGACUUCCUAGAAAUACAAAUAUGUAGGCCCCUCCAGGCCUUUAAAUCAGAAACUUGAGUGGGGGCCAGCCUGGGGUGUCACAAAUCCUUUCCAUGAUUCUAAUGCACAAUGAUGUCUGAGAACCAGAUAUCUUAACACCAGCAUCAGCUAAUGUUCUUGGAUCUGCUGACUCACAUGCUUGGCUGUGGCUUCUCUAGUUCAGGGGAUAUGGUCUCCUCGGGGCUGCCUGCCCACAUGUUCAGAUUCCCACUGGCUCUGUCUCAGAAGCUCCAGUGGUACAUACCUGCUAAAGAGCUUCCUUCCAGGGCUCUGUGGUUACCACUGGGUGUGCCAGUGACUGUUCUGGAAUCGUCCCUCUUGUUCAUACCUGGACUACAGCUGGCAAUAGCUGGGAAACUAAUCUGGUUGCUCUUUAUAUGCAAAGCAGUGCUGAGCUCAUAGGAAACUAUAUAUGUAUAAACUAUAUAGCUUGAAACUGGGCCAUGAACAGUUACUGCCAUCAUAAUCGACGCUGAAUUCUGAGCUCAAAUGACACACUUAGGCUAUCCCAGGGUAGUCUUCACUGAAUAAAUGUACACACUGGACGUUUAA